AUGGCUUUCCAUUUUGGAUGUUGCUAUCUACUUCCCGAGUCGGGAAGCUGGCGAUAUCUACCCCAGGUGGCCCUCCAGGUCCACGCCACGCUCCUGUCCAUCACUUCUCGCACCACCGUCACACAGACCUUCACUAACCCCGCGUCUGAGACAAUCAAAGAGGUCUCCUAUCGGUUUCCCCUCUACGAUGGCGUCACCAUCGUGGCGUUUCAGUGCCAAGUGGGCGACCGACUCUUAUGCAGUGAGGUGAGGACCAAACAGCAGGCCAAUGAAGAUUAUCAAACCGCAGUCAGCCAAGACAGGUCGGCGGCAAUCCUAGACCAGUCCAGCCAGCAAACAGACGUCUUUCAGCUGCGGCUGGGGAAUGUCGCGCCUUACGCCACCGUGACAGUUGAUAUCACCUUCGUUCGGGAUCUCAAAUCAGAUGCGCAGACUGAUGGAAUCCGAUAUACUCUGCCGAACGCCAUUGCGCCUCGCUACGGAAUGACAGCAGGAGAGGCACCAUCCUUACACACCAAACACGUUGAGCGACAGGGCCUCGUUAUCACCGUCGAUAUAGCGAUGGAAAAGGCAUCAGUUAUUCGCGAAGUGCGAUCCCCCAGUCAUCCCAUCAACGUCGCCUUCGGGCGUAUAUCCUCGACUCCGGAAGCAUCCAACAGCUUUGAUCAUAAUCAUGCAUCUGCUUCCCUGCAUAUAGUGCAAGGUAGCCCACUGCUGGACCAGGACUUUGUACUGGUCAUCAAAGCGGAUGAGACAGACAUGCCACGAGCAUUACUGGAACUGCACCCCACAAUACCAGAUCAACGGGCAUUGAUGGCCACGCUCGUCCCGAAGUUCGGUCUCCCAGCUGCGCUUCCGGAAGUGGUAUUUGUCGUUGACCGGAGUGGCAGCAUGACCUUUAAUAUCACUACCUUGCAGUUGGCUCUCCGAGUUUUCCUCAAGUCCUUGCCCGUAGGAAUACCUUUCAAUAUCUGUUCCUUUGGUAGCGACUAUUCCUUCCUUUGGAAACGCAGUAGGGCCUUUGACGCCUCUACAUUGCCAGAAGCGCUGGCGCUCGUCGACUCGAUGGCGGCUGACAUGGGGGGGACCGAAUUAACUCAGGCUGUGGAGGCCGUGGUGCGAAAUCGCCUUGACGACCAGAACCUGGACGUACUCGUGCUUACAGACGGCCAAAUUAGUGAACAACAGGCGCUGUUUGACUUUAUCCGAAACACAGCCGCCGACCAUACGGCGCGAUUCUUCUCACUUGGGCUCGGCCACGACGCCUCACACUCCUUGGUUGAAGGUAUUGCACGGGAAGGCGAUGGCUUUGCUCAGUCCAUACUUGCCGCCGAGCUAGAUCGUACGGUUGUGCGCAUGUUGAAGGGAGCACUGAGUCCGCAUAUCUACGACUACGCUCUUGAUGUCGAGUAUGAUGCCAACAGCGCGGACGAAUUUGAGAUGGUCGAUUGUGAACCUGAAACAAAAAUUGAUCAGGUGCCGGUGACGGCAUCACAAAAUAGCCACGAUACAUCUUCGUGCACAAUAUCCUUGUUCGACAAAUCUUUCCAAGAGCCGGAGAGCGAUAUAAGUGGCAUUGGGGACUCUCAUAUCCCGUCCAUUAGAACCCCGGCUACAAUCCAAGCACCUCAAAGGCUCCCUACAUUGUAUCCCUUUAUACGAGCCACCGUAUAUCUGCUCCUGCAGUCUCCCCGCGUUCCAAAGUCUCUCACUCUGCAUGCCACUUCGAAACACGGCCAGCUACAACUGCGAAUCCCAAUUGAAGACGUUGGAUUAGGAAAAACAAUUCAUCAGCUGGCAGCCAAAAGGGCAAUAGGGGAGCUGGAGGAGGAGCAUGGGUGGCUUGUCGGCGCUACGGACUGCAAAAACACGUCAUAUAGGACAUGGUCCCCCUCAAUGAAAUCGACCAUUGCCAUUCGUGAAUGCCAGCGGCUCGGCCUGAAGUUUCAAGUACCAGGGUGCCACUGCUCCUUCGUGGCGCUAGAAGACAGU